GAAUGUUUGUUGUUGUGAAAUGCGGCCCAAGCCCAUAGAAAUCCCAACGGCUAGUUGCCACGCCUCCCCGGAACGCUCUAACGGUCAUCUUUUCGCCGUUCCAAUUCCUAUAAAACCUUUAUCCAAUCCCCCGUUUAAACAUCUCUCUUAUACUCUCUCUCUGAUCAUCUCCGCCUACCAGCAAAUUGAAUUUUCCGGCACCACAUUUCAGUCAGAAAAGCCAUUUUCUUGAUCGGAAAUUUGCAAUGGAGACCCCAUCAUCAACCAGGAGAUUAACCAGAUCACAGGCCAUGGCUGCCGCCGCUGCAAACACCACCACCGUCGUUUCAAAGAAAUUAGAAGAGUCUGAAAAGAAAGCAGCGGCGAAAUCAAGAAACGGGAACGAGCAAGAAAGAUCGGCGCUUUUUGAUAUCACGAACGAUUCGCCGAUAGUGGGGGUAGCAAUGGGGAGUUUGGAGACUCCUUCUUCAUCGGCCAUGUCCAAGAAGAGAGCGAUCAUGAAUGCGGUGUCGAAGCAGUUAAAAACCCCCGGUUCUGGAGAGGCGUUGUUGAGGGGUCAAGUGAAGACAUUGUUGCAGAAAGUUGAAGAAGAAGCAGAGGUCUCAAAGCUCUCGGCAGAAUACAGGCCUUUCCUUCAUCUAAAAGGCGUCGUUAACAACUCUCCGACGGGGCUUCUUGCCCCAACUCCGGCCAACACUCCUCAUCUCAGCCUCUCUGGGAAUAAUGGGUUGCCUUCAUCUCCAGUUGAAGAAGAGUUUCUAAUCCCUCAGAUGGUUGAUGGGAUUUGUGAUUGGAAGAAAGAAGAAAUGGAAAUGGAAAUGGAAUCGGAGAAAAGCAUGGUUACAAGGACACUGUUCUUGGAUUUUAGUGAGAAAUUGGAGAGUGAAAACAAAGAGAAGACAAGAGCGGGUGUAGAUGAUGAUGACGAUGAUUCAUCUGUAUGGUCGAUUCAGGUGAAUGCUUCAAGCAUCAGAGACGAAGACGAAGAAGAAGAAGAAGAAGAAGGAGAAGAGGAAUGUGAUGAGUACUACGAAGAAGAAGAAGAAGAAGAGGUAUGUGAUGGAGGAUUGAUGGAUGAGCUAUGUGAAGGAAUAAGCAAGAUGAGUGUGAAGUUCAGUGGGAAACACACACGAUUUGUGUACAACAGUGAUGGUGAGCUUGAAGGAGUGGUGGUGGAGGAGAAAGCUGCUUCCCUUUGCAUUUAAAGGACACCAGAUCAGAGGGAAAACACCCUCGAUUUGAUUCUCUGAAGAAGAAAACUUCUUUGUUUGUUUUUUGGUUGUGGCUAUAUUACUUUCUUACAUCAACACCUCACCUCUCUUAAGGUGAGUUUUUGUUGAUGAAUGUUGGUGGUUUCUGUAAUUGCACUUUCUGUAAUGGCUAUAUUUCGCUUGCUUGCUUCAACUUAAUCAUUCCUUUUGUCCAGGAAAGAAAA